AUGUGCUUUGAAGCACUUGAUCAGACGCUCAGGAACCUUAUGUCAGUUACCAAUCAACAUAAGACACAUCAACCAUUUGGUGAUAAGGUUGUUAUUUUAGGAGGUGAUUUCAGACAGAUACUUUCGGUGAUUCCAAAAGGGAGUAGACACGAUAUAUUGACAUCAGCUAUUAACUCAUCUCAUAUGUGGUCGUUUUGUGAGGUUCUGAAACUGCAUAUGAACAUAAGACUUCUAACACCUUCUUCAGAUCAAGAUGAAGGUGAAAUGAAGAGAUUUAAUAAUUGGAUACUUGAUUUUGGAAAUGGAAAUAUUAGUUCUGCUGUUGACUUUGCAUAUCCAAAUUUGUUGAAAAAUAUGUCAGAUUACAGGUAUUUUCAGAGUAGGACAAUUCUUGCACCCACGCUUGAGAGUGUCGAGAAGGUAAACGAUUUUGUCUUGACAAUCUUUCCAGGCAUGGAAAAGGAGUAUUUGAGUUCUGACACAACAUGUCAAGUUGUUGAGAAUGAAAAUAUACAACAAAAGUGGUUCACACCAGAGUUUCUAAAUGACAUCAAAUGUUCGGGACUACCCAAUCACAAGUUAACUUUGAAGCCAGGAGUCGCUGUAAUGCUACUGCGAAACAUAGACCAGACUUCUCGUUUAUGCAAUGGGACAAGAUUAAUAUUUAGAUUUGAGAUAAAAUGUGUAACAAGGAGCACAACAACAUAUACCAAUUACUUUUCUAAUGAAAUUAAAGCUCUGGUCAGCAAGUAUAAUCAUAUGGUCAUACUGUUCACUUCACGGCUUCUCCACACUGCAAUGCACAAUCGACCUGACGCAGGGAGGAGUUGUCCAGGCGCAGGUGUCUCCCAAAGAAGCUGUCCACGUCAUAGUCUUCAGACUUAUUAUGCUAUUCGCUAA